AUGAAGCGAAAAAUGAGCGUCAAAGACCGCGUCCAAGCCCGCCUCUCCAAGCUGCGCAAACAGCCCGUCGUAACACCCGAGCAGAAACUCCACUGCAAACUGGAAACCCUCAAUAAAGAAGCCGAAGACCUGCAAAAGGAAUGCGAGAAACUCCAAGCCAAAGCCGUCGAUUUCACCGAUCGUGCUUCAACGACCCAAGCCCCUGAGCCGCCCCCAGCAGACCGCAAGCCAUUGUUCCAACGAGAUCAACCAGGCUCUCGGUACGAAGCUCAAGUCGCAGCCGUGAAGAUUCUGAACAGCGAGUGGCAUUCGUUUGAGAAGAACGGUGUGAGGGGGUUUGAGACUAAACUUAGCAAGUUCGAGGCCAAGGUGCAGAGGUUGAAGAGGAGUUACUUGGACCCGAAAGCUCCCAUGGGGACUGCUGAGCAUCAGUUCGAGGGGCUUGAUAAUGCCAUUGUCAAUUUGAAGAAGCAGAGGGUGGAGUUGAGCAAGGCGGUGGCGAAGGUGCGGUUGCCGGCUGCUCUUCCGGUGAAGAAAUGA